AUGUCUGGGGCCUGCAACCCUCUGUUUCCUUUGCACUGAGGUUGGCACAUGGCUGCUCACCUCACUCUUCAGCUGGAAGAUUUCAGCCUCGUGCUGCUCCUGCAGGCGGUGGGUUGUGAUUUGAAUGUCGAUGAGCUCCUUGGAGAUCUGUGGGUGGCCGGUGGGUGGCCAGGUGAGAGGUGGCAUCUGCGGGGUCUGCCAGCACCUUCCCUCCUCACAGCACCCUGGCACCCACACCCACCUGCAGCUGCUGCUCCUCACUCGGCGCUAGACCUGGUGGGACCUCUGCCCCCAGGCUGGUGGCCCAGGCUGUGGUGCCCCCAGGAGCUCCUGGCAGCCCGUCCUUGGCUCGUGGCACAACCUGGAGAGGCACCACCACCCAUUCCCCAGGUUGGGCUGUGGCCCCACUCCCAUGCAGUCACCAGCCCUGCUCCCCGCCUGGCUGAGCUGUAAAAGUCCUUCCCCUAGCUGAGAUCAGACCCACAGUACAGGGACCUGCACCCUCCUGGCCUCUGCAGGAAAGGGCAGACUCCAGCCCCAUGGAAGGAGCUGCGGCUUCCCCGAGGACUCACAUUCUCCACCCGCCGAAGGGGAGGUCCUGGCCUGGGGCCUGUGGUGGCUGCAUGCUCCAUAGUCGGGGUAGUCGGGGGGACCCUGGCCUGCUCCGAGCUGCGUAUUGCCUCCACGCCUGGCCUCCCUGUGGCUGCCGCCGCCACCACAAGCACUGUUGCACGCGUUGCCAAGGCCUCUGUUGGUCCCAGGAAACUGCCAGGGCCCUGCCCACAGGGGCAGGGCGAGACCCACGGUUGUGGAGGGGAAGGACAGCUCUUCCUCUCCAUGCCUCCGUUUCCCUCUCUGGGGAAUGCGGCCCAGCGCUCCCUGCACAUUCCCUGUGCAGAUGGAACAAGGUGCGUGAAAGCACUCAACCUGGACGCGGCGACAAGCACGUGGGACGGAGCGCGCUACCCGCACGCAGGGUGCCCUGGGCCACACUCGUUGGACACCUUCUGUGAACCUUGCAGUGCUGGCUGAGCCCUGGGACGCGCAGGUGAACAAACUGGACAGAUCUCUGCACCUCCGGCCUGAGAAGUGGGGGCACGGACGUCCCCAUUGGUGACAGAGAACUCGGAACCGACUGGCCCAGCCCGGGCUCCUGGGGGCUUCCUGGAGGAGACGUCAGCGCCGGGCCCGGCGCCUCACUGGGCACGCGCGCACCCCUGGCUGGCCUUGUGGUCUCACAGCGGGCAGGAUCCCGGCCCGGCGGAGGCGAGGCGCGUCCGCGGAUCGGGGCGGUUGGCGGCUCUCGAGCCCAACGCAGCACUCCGUCCGGACCCCGUGACCGGCGGCCGAGGCCCCGCCUCCAUCUGUCCGUGCUUCGGGCCGUCCGCGCAGCCGUGAGGCCUUUCCCAAGGUGUGGAGAGCGGGCCCCGCCCUGAAGGGGCACCGUGGGCUGGGGGGCCUGUUUUGGAGCAGGCACUCGUGGCCGAGCUCCGCGGCCAUGAAGGUCAAGGUCAUCCCCGUGCUUGAGGACAACUACAUGUACCUGGUCAUCGAGGAGCUCACGCGCGAGGCGGUGGCCGUGGACGUGGCCGUGCCCAAGAGGCUGCUGGAGAUCGUGGGCCGGGAGGGGGUGUCCCUGACCGCCGUGCUGACCACCCACCAUCACUGGGACCACGCGCGGGGAAACCCGGAGCUGGCGCGGCUGCGUCCCGGGCUGGCGGUGCUGGGCGCGGACGAGCGCAUCUUCUCGCUGACGCGCAGGCUGGCGCACGGCGAGGAGCUGCGGGUGAGCGCGCGCCCCCGGGAGGGCGGGGUGGGCGCCCCGGGACCGCCCUCCCUCACGCGUCCGCCUGCUCCUCCGCCGCAGUUUGGGGCCAUCCACGUGCGCUGCCUCCUGACGCCCGGCCACACCUCCGGCCACAUGAGCUACUUCCUGUGGGAGGACGAUUGCCCGGACCCGCCCGCCCUGUUCUCGGGGGACGCGCUGUUGGUGGCCGGCUGCGGCUCGUGCCUGGAGGGCAGCGCCCAGCAGAUGUACCAGAGCCUGGCCGAGCUGGGCACCCUGCCCCCCGAGACGGUGUUCUGCGGCCACGAGCACACGCUCAGUAACCUGGAGUUUGCGCAGAAAGUGGAGCCCUGCAACGACCACGUGAGAGCCAAGCUGUCCUGGGCUAAGGCACGGCCCCUUCCCGCCUCGGCAGGAGGGUGGGGGAGGACGGGCUUCGGGGGCUCUCAGACAAGCCCCAGUGAUGACCAGAGCCUGUGGUCACUCCAGAAGAGGGACGAGGACGAUGUGCCCACAGUGCCCUCGACUCUGGGCGAGGAGCGCCUCUACAACCCCUUCCUGCGGGUGGCAGAGGAGCCGGUGCGCAAGUUCACGGGCAAGGCGGUCCCCGCCGACGUGCUGGAGGCGCUCUGCAAGGAGCGGGCACGCUUCGAACAGGCAGGCGAGCCGCGGCAGCCACAGGCACGGGCCCUCCUUGCGCUGCAGUGGGGGCUCCUGAGUGCAGCCCCCAACAAGUGAGCGCCCCCGCCCCCAAACGGUCACAGGGCUCUUUGACCUCAGCCAGCUGGACUCACACAAGGGCCACCUCUGGAAGCUUCUUCGAGCCAGCUGUCCAGCCUCAGAGGGUGGACGUGCAUGACCACUCUGUGGGGCCCAUGUGGGCCUGGAGACCUGGGUGU